AUGAACGAAGAUCCACAGUCCGAAAUUAUGGAAAGAUACAAUGAAUCAACUUAUUUAAGAGACGACCAGCUUCCGCAGUUUGACCAGAAUAAUGAUGUGAUUAAGGAAGAACAAACACACACACAAGAUCACCACCACCAACACCCGUCAGUACUGGGAUCACAUUCAGACGAAUUACAAGAUCAAGAUAUACACAAUGUUAUAGAAGAGCAUGAAGACCAUGUGAGCACUCAAAACAUAGUGGAUGAAGAUGAGUUACUAGCAGCGCAGGCAGCAGCAGAGGCGGCAGCAGCAGCCCAACAACAACAACCUGGAGACGUUUUCAACAAUGUGGCUCAAGGAUUAUCAGGGAAACACCGAGAUAUGAUGAUGCAAUAUUGGCAAGAAACUAUCAAUUCGAUAGAACACGAUGAACACGAUUUUAAAAACCAUCAGUUACCAUUAGCAAGAAUAAAAAAAGUAAUGAAGACCGACGAAGAUGUGCGAAUGAUUAGUGCUGAAGCUCCGAUUUUGUUUGCCAAGGGUUGUGAUGUGUUUAUCACUGAAUUGACAAUGAGAGCGUGGAUUCAUGCUGAAGAAAAUAAGAGAAGAACAUUGCAGAAAUCAGAUAUAGCAGCAGCUUUGACCAAGAGUGAUAUGUUUGACUUUCUAAUUGAUGUUGUUCCUAGAGAAGAGGAGAAACCUAAAAAGUCCAAUAAUAAUCUGUCGAGGUCAGACAGUUAUGUAAAUAAUCAACAAUCUCCACCGAUACCAGAAACAGAAGAAGAGGUCCCCCACAUGCUUACGCAAGAUGUCAAGCAUUCACAUCAGGAUGUAUUGCAACAACAAAUGUUACAAGAGCAGUUAUUACAGCAGCAGCUACACCAAGAAGUUCAACAGCAGUUGCAACAAGAAGUCCAACGUCAAUUACAGGAGGACGUACCACAAUCAGACCACCAACAAGCAUCACAGCGAGAAGAGGAUAUUACAAAUGGGGCGGAAAAUGCAAAUGGUCAUAAUGAUGAAGCUACGUAUGAAAAUUUUAACGGUUACCAAAACAAUUAUUAG